CUACACAAGCUUGCACAUCUUUCCGAGUUGUGUCGCCUUCAUUCGUUUUGGGUUUUUUCUUGUACACAAACUCUUACAUUAUGGAUACCGACGUUGUAGACGACCGGUUGAUGAGGGAGGCGCAGAGGGAUUACCUGGACUUCCUGGACGAUGAUCAAGAUCAGGGCAUUUACCAGAGCAAAGUCUGCGACAUGAUCAGCGAGAAUAAGUCUCGUCUCAUCGUCAACAUGAACGACCUGAGGAGACGCAACGACGCGAGGGCUGCAAAGUUGAUGAGCAAUGCGUUUGAAGAGCUGAUGGCCUUCCAGCUGGCCCUGAAGGACUCUGUGGCCUCUGUGGACGCCACCUACGCCAAACAGCACGAGGAGUUCCACAUCGGCCUGGAGGGAAGCUUCGGCUCCAAGCACGUCACCCCCAGGACGCUCACCUCAAGGCUGCUGGGCAGCAUGGUCUGUGUGGAGGGCAUCAUCACCAAGUGUUCUCUUGUGCGCCCCAAAGUUGUGCGCAGCGUCCACUACUGCCCUGCCACCAACAAGACCAUGGAGAGGAAGUACACAGACUUGACUUCUUUGGACGCGUUCCCUUCCAGUGCCAUCUACCCCACCAAGGACGAAGAAAACAACCCUCUGGAAACAGAGUUUGGCCUGUCCAUCUACAAGGACCACCAGACCAUCACGGUGCAGGAGAUGCCGGAGAAAGCCCCCGCGGGCCAGUUGCCUCGCUCUGUGGACAUCAUUUUGGACGAUGACCUAGUGGACGUGGUUAAACCAGGAGACCGAGUGCAGGUCAUCGGAACGUACCGCUGCCUGCCGGGAAAGAAGGGAGGCUUCACUUCUGGAACAUUCAGGACCAUCAUGAUCGCAUGUCACGUCAAACAGCUGAGCAAGGAAGCGUCCCCGUCCUUCAAUGCUGACGACAUCAGCAAAAUUAGAAACUUCUGUCGCAGUCGCUCUGUCAACGUGUUUGAUCAGCUGUCUCGCUCGCUGGCCCCCAGCAUCCACGGCCAUGAGUACAUCAAAAAGGCAAUUCUCUGCAUGUUGCUUGGUGGUGUGGAGAAGGUCCUGGAAAACGGCUCGCGCAUCAGGGGAGACAUUAACAUCCUGCUCAUUGGUGACCCUUCCGUUGCCAAGUCUCAGCUUCUGCGUUAUGUUCUCCACACCGCACCCAGAGCCAUCCCCACCACUGGGCGGGGCUCCACUGGGGUGGGGCUGACCGCCGCCGUCACCACCGACCAGGAAACUGGGGAGAGGCGUCUGGAGGCCGGCGCCAUGGUGCUGGCCGACCGCGGCGUGGUAUGCAUCGACGAGUUCGACAAGAUGUCCGACAUGGACCGCACCGCCAUCCACGAGGUCAUGGAGCAGGGUCGAGUCACCAUCGCCAAAGCCGGCAUCCACGCCCGCCUGAACGCCCGCUGCUCCGUUCUGGCGGCCGCUAACCCCGUCUAUGGCAGAUACGACCAGUACAAAACCCCCAUGGAGAACAUCGGACUGCAGGACUCUUUGCUGUCACGUUUCGACCUCCUCUUCAUCGUGCUGGAUCAGAUGGACCCAGAGCAGGACCGGGAGAUCUCGGACCACGUCCUCAGGAUGCACCGCUACCGUGACCCCCGUGAGCAGGAGGGCGCAGCGAUGGCUCUGGGUGGCUCAGUCGACGUCCUAGCUACAGACGACCCGGACGCUAUCGCACAGGAGCACGAAGAGCUGCAGGUCUACGAGAAACACAACAACCUACUGCACGGAAACAAAAAAAAGAGAGACAAGAUCGUGAGCAAGGAAUUCAUGAGGAAGUACAUCCAUAUUGCCAAGGGGGUGACGCCGGUGCUGACGGAGGAGGCGGCCAAUCACAUCGCAGAAGAGUACUCGAGGCUGAGGAGUCAGGAGCAGCUCAGCGCAGAUAUUGCCAGGACGUCCCCUGUGACGGCCCGAACGCUCGAGACUCUGAUCCGUCUGUCCACGGCUCACGCCAAGGCGCGCAUGAGCAAAGUGGUGGAGAUGGAGGACUCCGAGGUUGCGGUUGAGCUCGUCCAGUUCGCCUACUUUAAGAAGGUUCUCGAGAAAGAGAAGAAGCGUUCCAGAAAGGAGCAUGCUUCUGGAUCGGAUGAUGAGGAGGGGGACGUAGAAGAGGAAGCAUCUACACAGCAGUCACAGAGAUCUCAGAGAAAGAGGGGGCGCCGUGGGUCUCAGAGCAGCGAGCCCUACAGUCCCUACGACUUCAGUGAAGAGCAGGAUGUGCCUGAGAUACAGGCUGCCACUGUGAAAAAAGCCAAGUCCAAGCCGGUGGAGGAGGAACAAAUGGACGCCUCCUCACUGGCUGACAGCUCUGAGCUCUCUCCUGAAAGGCUGAAGGAGUUCAAGUCGUCCCUGUUCGCCGUGUUCCAAUCUGCUCACGCUCAGUCUGUAAAGAUGCCGGCCCUGAAGGACGGCGUCAACAAAGAGCGUCGGGUGCCAUUCACGGAGGCGGAGGUCCGCGCCGCUUUGACUCGCAUGCAGGACGACAACCAGGUCAUGGUGGCUGAUGACAUCAUCUUCCUCAUCUGAGAGGAGGUGGAAGGUCAUCUGGCAAUUCCGUUCCAUGGACUUCAAAAGAAUCAAUGUACAUUUAUAGGGUUUUUGCCAUCUUUUUACAGUUUGACAUGCAACUCACACUUUUUGGAGUCACACAGUCAUUGAAAUUAUUAAGAGUCAUUCUGCAUCUGUAUAUCUAUUAAACUGUUGCUGUUUAAUAAUGGUUACAAACAUUGUCAUACAUUAUCUGCAGUCAAAAACAUGUUCCUACAAAUUCUGUAAAUAGAGUAGAAGCAAUUUGUAAAACGUAUAUGACAGUACUUGUUACAAAAAUAAAAUACU